AUGACAGAUACUAAUACAGGUUUAGCUAUGAUGAUGUUACAAAAAAAUCAAUGGAAUUUACAACGUGCUGCCAAUGCUUAUCAAGAUUCAAUGCAGGGGAGAUCAAAAGCAUCACAGAAACAAACGGUCAGUACAUCAGAUGUUAAACGAGUGAAAAUUGAACCAUCAACUACAACAUCAGUACCGAUCGAUAAUAAAACAAAUGCUAAAACACGUUUUAAAGUACUUUCAUGGAAUAUUGAUGGACUUGAUGAGCAAGAAAAUACCUUCGAUAUACGAACACGAGGAGUUAUUGAUGUUAUUAAACGUGAAGAACCUGAUGCUAUAUUUCUUCAAGAAGUUUUUCCAAUAGCUUUUGAUUUAAUUCGAAAUCUUUUACCUGAAUAUGAUUCAUAUGCUGGAAAUACUGAAGGUUAUUUCGUAGUUAUUUUAACUCGUCGUGAAUUAUUCAAAGUACAAAAUUUUGAAAUUAUUACAUAUCCAGGAACAAACAUGGGAAGAAAUCUACUUAUAGUUCAUGUAAAUAUGUUCUUUACAUUUAUUCGAUGA